AUGGAUAGAGGUAAUAACAUGAACAGAGCGAAGAGGAAUUUGGAUGGGAACGAUGAUGACCAGCCUGAGCGGAAAAGGCCUGCUCUUGCUAGUGUGAUUGUAGAGGCUCUGAAAGUAGACAGUCUGCAGAAGCUUUGCUCGUCUUUGGAACCUAUUCUCCGCCGAGUUGUGAGCGAGGAAGUGGAACGUGCUUUAGCGAAAUUAGGCCCAGCUAGGCUUACUGGAAGUUCGGGGUCUUCUCCAAAGCGAAUUGAAGGUCCGGAUGGCCGGAACCUACGGUUGCAGUUCAGGUCUAGGUUAUCUCUCCCCUUAUUCACAGGAGGAAGAGUAGAAGGAGAGCAGGGUGCUGCAAUCCACGUUGUCUUGAUUGAUGCCAACACUGGGCGUGCUGUGGUGUAUGGUCCAGAGUCUUCAGCUAAGCUUGAGGUUGUUGUGCUCGAGGGUGACUUUAACGUUGAAGAUGAGGAAGGCUGGACACAAGAAGAAUUUGAAAGCCAUGUCGUGAAAGAGCGUCAAGGAAAGAGACCGUUGCUGAAUGGAGAAUUGUUUGUUACUCUCAAGGAAGGGGUUGGAACUUUGGGCGAGCUUGUUUUCACGGAUAAUUCGAGUUGGAUUCGGAGUAGGAAGUUCAGACUCGGUUUACGGGUCGUUUCUGGGUGUUGCGAGGGCAUGCGCAUACGUGAGGCAAGGACGGAAGCUUUUACUGUUAAAGAUCACAGGGGCGAAUUGUACAAGAAGCAUUAUCCACCUGCUCUGAAUGAUGAAGUGUGGAGAUUGGAGAAGAUUGGUAAGGAUGGGGCGUUCCAUAAAAAGCUUAACGCUGCAGGAAUAAUCACUGUGGAAGACUUUCUGAGAACAAUGGUCAGGGAUUCUGCAAAAUUACGUGCUACUCUUGGAAGUGGAAUGUCAAACAAAAUGUGGGAUGCACUAGUAGAGCACGCCAAGACGUGUGUCCUGAGCGGUAAGCUUUAUAUCUACUAUGCCGAGGAUACAAGGAAUGUCGGCGUUGUGUUCAAUAAUAUCUAUGAGCUUAGUGGUCUCAUUUCCGGGGAUCAAUACUUCUCUGCUGAUUCACUUACGGAAAGCCAAAAGGUAUAUGUUGAUGGACUGGUGAAGAAAGCAUAUGAUAACUGGAACCUAGUCAUAGAGUAUGAUGGAAAAUCUCUCUUAGACUUGAAGCAGCCUAACAGGUUGGGUAUUACUCAAUCUGAUCCAGAAGGCUACUCAACGGCUGCCAUUGACCAUCCAAUGCAGAUGGCAGGGCAUUCAUCCUCUGUACCCGUUAAUCAGUCUCCAGUGCUUCCAGAUUUCGCUAUUGGAGGGUAUGAUCAGACUAUGGUGACAAGGUAUCCUCCGCAGCCCCAGCUUUUAAACUCCAACCCACCAAGAUCACAAUAUGAGGUUGCUUCAGCUCAGGACCAGCUCAUGGGAAAUCUACAUCAAACUCAGAGCACCAUGAACAAUCAAAACAUGAACGGUCUGCUUGCGCUCGCUCCUCCACAGUCAUCCACUAGCGGAUACCAAAACAUGAACCCGUCUUCAGCUCACCAGGCAAAUAUCAAUCCUUUCGAAGACUGGUCAAACCAGCGGGAGAGAGGAGCAGAAGAUUUCUUCUCAGAGGAAGAGAUCAGGCUCAGAAGCCAUGAAAUGCUGGAGAACGAAGACAUGCAACAGUUCCUCCGCCUAUUCAGCAUGGGAGGAGGGGGCAAUGGCUCUGCAACACAUUUGCCAGAAGAUGGGUAUAGUUUCCCAUCGUUUCUACACACGCCUAUGCAAGGUUAUGAUGAAGACCGUGGCCGAUCAGGGAGAGCUGUUGUUGGGUGGCUUAAGAUAAAGGCCGCGAUGAGAUGGGGUUUCUUCAUCAGGAGGAAAGCCGCUGAGAGGCGAGCACAGAUUGUAGAGCUCGAUGAUGAUGACGAAGAAUAG